AUGGAGGAGGGGGCGGGGUUUGGGGUGAGGCGGGGCGAUGUGGGCGUGGCCAGGGCGCGCGUGGGCGUGGCCGAGGUGUGGUCGGGGCGUGGCUCGGAUUCCGGGGCGUGGCCGAGGUGUGCCCGGGGCGUGGUCUGGCCUCCCGGGGGCGUGGUCGGGGCGUGGCCGUGCGGCGGAAGUGGCGCCAGGAUUCAAAGCGCCGGUGGCGGCGGAAGUGGCGGUUGGUGCGGCCUGAGGGGCUCCGCGGGGCUCGGGGCCGGGCGAGGAGGGGUGCGGGGAACGAAGGUUCAGAGUGGCGGGGAAAUACGGGAGGAUGGGCCCGAGGGUGUGGAGCAGUGCCCUGGGGUGGAUGAGGAGAUGAGGGAGGGCGAGUCCCACUGGGGGAUGGGGCUCCCCUCGAAGGAGCAGCGCCGGGGGGCCGGGCAGCCCCCGGGGAGGCACCAGGCGAGACCCCUGCAGCGCAGAUGGCGAGUGCUGGCCGAGAGGAACCAGAGCGUGAUGCCCGUGGGCGUCUGGGUGGAGAGUGCGCCAGGACAGCAAAGCCCGGCCUUUGCCUCAGCAUUCCGUGUGGAGGAGGAGCUGAAGGAGCAGCAGCAGAGGAAGGCAGCCAGCCUGAGGAGAUUCCAGGGCGAGGUGAGGCAGAGGGUGAACCGGCAGGUCAGGAUGCGCCGCAGGCAGGAGCUGCAGAAAGCCUACGAAGCAGCAGAGAGGGAGAGCUGUGUUACUGUGCAGUACUCCACCCCCUGGAGGAACACUUGCCUGUUCCAGAGUCUCCCUGCUCCCAUCAUCCGUGGGCCCAGUGCUGGCUCUGGCCCAGCCCAGCCAGAAGAGGAGUAUGGGGAGCCAUUCCAGCAACAAGCUGCCGAGCUCAGCAGGGCAGUGCAGCAGGUGCGGUGCAGGCUGGCGUCCCGCAGCGCCCUGUGGAGGCAGGAGGUGAGUGACGGCUCCACUUCCCAGUUGAGCCAGAGGAAACCAGACCCUUGCCUGGGAGCUGCAGUGCCCAUGGAGGAGAGUGAGGAGCUGCUGCUGGCAGGACACCACGAUCUGCCUGCUGAGCUGCUGGAGCAGGGCACAGCUGCAAAUGGCACUGGGCAGCAUGAUGACUUCUACAUCAAGAUUGAAUUGAAAAAAGUCUGUGAUGGGUCAGUGAAGGACUUGAGCCUGCCUGGGCCUCCUGGGAGGCCACACAGUGAAUACCAACCUCCCCUCAAACUCUGGGCUGGUGUUGACCAAGAGGAAACCAGGAAGCAGCGGCAGAACGAGUUCCUGCGGUGCCGGCGCCUCUUCAUGGCCCUGGAGCGGCAGCGAGUGAGGGAACAGCAGCGGCAGCGAGAGAGGCAGCAGAGAGGUGCCCAGAUUAAGAGGCAGAAGGAGAAUGAGCGCCGGGCAGAGGAGCAGAGGAUACGAGACAUGGCUGAGCAGCGAGAGCCCUCCCCAGGAAAGGGAACAUGGGAAGCUCUGGCCCAGCUCCAGCUGGAGGAGAGGAGAGUGAGGGACAGACAGCAGCGAGAUAAGGAGCACAUGAGGUAUGUUGAAGCUCUGAGAGCCCAGAUGAGGGAGAAAGUCAAAUUCUGUAACAUCGACUUGCCCCCACUGUGUUCCUGUGGGUCUGAUUUCUGGGAUUCCCACCCGGAUACCUGUGCCAAUAACUGCGUCUUCUACAAAAACCACAAAGCCUACAGCCAGGUGCUGCACUCGGUGAUCUCCUCCUACGGCCAUGCAGCCACACGGCCUCUGCAGGACCUGGCUGCUCUCUGUGCUCGGGUGGGGAAGCGCCUGUGAGCGAGGCAGCUCCGUGUCCCAGGGACUGGGGUGAGCAGGGAGUGGGGCUGUGCCGUGUCCUGCCUGCCCCUCCACGCCAGCUGCCAGGACAGUGUCACCUUUGCUCUCCCGGUUUGUGCUGUGCCUCUCCCACUCUGCUCCAGGUGUGCAGUUGGCCAGGGUGAUGGCCGAGGUAAACGAGACAAUUGCUCUGCGGGGUUGGUUUAUGGCAGGCACUUGCAUUCCAGCAUUUGACUGUGGAAUAAACUGUUUUCAAAGAUU